ACAGACCCCUCCCAUUAUUGACCGGCAAUAUAUUAAUACCAACGGCAGCCGGUGAAAGAAGCCGGUACUCGUUGGACAGGAGAGGCUGCGGUGCUGUCUGAGACUCUGUGGUGCUGAAAGUGCCUCCCACCGCGAUGUGGUCUGUGUUUUUCGUGUUUCUGUCUUAUUUAGACAGGAACUUUGUUAAAGGCGAAUUCUUAAGCCAAGCUUCAGAGGCAGAAAAAGAGAGCAAAGAGCUCUUUUACAUGCUCAACAACACUCUUUGCGCCAAAGGUUCGGUUGUGGGAGAGUAUCACCUCCAUCAGGUCACCGAUGGGGCUGAAGAGGUUCGCUCUGUGCAUGACUCUGAGGGCCGCCUCGUCGACUGCUCUGUGAUCCAAAACGAAAUGCAAGUUAAAUCCUUCAUGCACGUGUGCAGACUUGGGCUAAGAAACCAAAUGAGCUCCGAUUUGAAGGUGAGUUUGACUGGGGUGUCCGAAGCGAAGGCGAACUGUAACAAGCUGAAAUCAAAAGGCGACAGGAAUGUGACCACGACAACAAAACAAGCAACUCUGAAAGAGCCGAACUCUGAUGCAGCGAACAAUAAAAAGACGCGAACCAAGCGAGGCUUCACGUAUCCCGGGACACUUUGGUGUGGUGCAGGGAACAUCGCAGAUCAUUAUGAUCAGUUAGGCGAAUUCGAAGAGACCGACCAAUGUUGUCGCGUUCACGAUCACUGCCCAUAUGUCAUCCAUGCGUUCUCCUCCAAUUAUGGAUACACCAACUUUAAAUGGCACUCCCUUAGCCACUGCGACUGCGACAAUGCCUUAAAGGAAUGCCUGAGACUUGUCAAUGACACUUCAUCCCGAGUGGUUGGACAAGCCUUCUUUAAUGUGAUCGAAGUUCCUUGCUUUGAGUUUUCAUUUGAAGAGCAGUGUGUUGAGCGUCACUGGUAUGGGGUGUGUAAAAAGUAUGACCGAGUUCCUGUCGCAGUGAUUAAAGAAUCAAUCCAUUAUGACUUUGGAGGCAUUGAUGUCAUUGAUGUAUUGACUAUCGCUCCUCCUAAGAAGAAACAAUCAGACGAAGAAAAGCAGAACGCAACAACCUCUGAAAGCACAACGCAGUCAUCAUUCUCUGAAUCAAAGACCGCCGCCCCUGAAGAGCCCUCGCUCACAAACGUGGUGACGGCUGCAGAGGAUUUCAUUAAAGUGCUCGCCACAGUCUCCACCUCUCAAAGCUCGUCCGCAGACGCAGGUAAAGGAGAAACUCAGAUGUCAGAGAAGAAGAGGAAGAAAAAUUCCAGCAAGAAGAAAAAAGAGAACAAGAAGAAAAGAGGAAAGGGUAAAGGCAUGAAGAAGAAUAAAAAACUUGGCGCCGUAUUAAAGGUCGACGAAGGAACGACCGGAGCGCCGUCGACCGGUCAGACAGAGGAGGUCAUGGGUAAGAACAACUUUGCGGAGGAAGCAGCGAAGAUGAAUCGGUUUAGAAUAAAAGAAAACAAUUUCAUGAACAGCGAGCUAGACUCUGAAGGAAAUUCUAAUAAGAUGAUGAGAGAUGAUCCUCAGAGGACAGUGAAUGAUAAUCAGGAUGUUGUUACCAUUACCACCUCAAUAAAGACAGAUAAAGAACCAGAGAUUCUACAGCACAGACAAGCAAACGACACAGAGUUAGUCUCCACCUCGCCUACAGCUCACAUUACCCCAGCUGUCCGUGAUAAGACCAGAGCUAAGCUGAGACAAAGAGCCGGAAAGAAAAAGCAAAGAAAAAACAACCCUUCCACAGAAGCCAAGGAAGAAACUCUCUCGACUAGUCCGUCUGAAGGUGUCAGGCUCGUAACGUCAAAACCUGAGAGUCCAGCUGCCGCUGUAAGAAACGAGGUGAUGCAAAGUACAAUGCACACGGAAGAAAAGGCACCUUUAGUCACUACUACACAAAAAACACCCAUUGUUAGAACCAAAAAGCCAAGUUCGAGGCAGAGAGAAGGAAGAAAGAGAAUGAGGAAAAUCAUUGCUUCCUCUACAGAAGAAGCUCCUCGUGAUAUCAGCUCUCAGGAUCCACUAUUGUUCACAGGUUCAGCAACUGUCGGGCCAACCGAUGUACUAGAGCGACUGGGAUUGGACCGACUUGAAAACCCAACAGAAAGUUUGAAGGACACCAAUGGUAGAAAGAACAAAAGAAGGCGUGUAAUCAAAAUCUGCUAUGAAGCCGUUUUGCCUGACGUUGCAGACACGACACCCCUCCCGACUCUGAUCGAAAAGGACACUGAGUUUCAGUUGAAGGAUCUUGAGAUGAACACAGCACCAAUGUUUCCUCCCCUACAGACUAACACUCCAUCCACGGCAACCCGCAGACCUAGGAACACGAAAAUGAAGAGAAGCAGGGAGCGAGGAAAUCGAGAAAAGCGUGGAAAAGUUAAGAGAGAAUGAAACUCAAGAAGCUCCGCAUGGUGCGACCAAAUGGUUUUUUAUCUUCUAGGCUGCCAUAUGAUAUUGUUUUAAUAAGCAGCAUGUUUUUACCUACUCUGUUUUUAUAGCUCCGUUGAUGGUAGACUGACAGAUCAGAUCAAUUUUAUGAAGCAUGUGUUUCUCGACAUGAUUGCUAAAUAAAGUAAAUAAGAGCACUGGUGGUCCUUCCAUAGCAUGGUUUGAGAAAACAUUCCUCUUCUUCACAGUAUGGGUUUUGUUCUUAAUAAACAAAAAGUUAAGUGUUCCUCCAGGUAACCUGAUUAUUUACAGCAUUUGCCCUUCUGUAUAAAAAAACCCUAUCUGCAGUGCACUGAGUCCAUUUAUGAUAGUCUUUGUUCUUGCACAGACUUUGCCAGUGCACUUAAGCAGAAAGGGUCACAUUCUUCUCAAAGGAUAAUCUGCUUUACCUCACCCUCCCUCCGACAUUAAAUGAGUAUUGUAACACUGGACUCAAAUCUCCUGU